AUGAGUGAAUAAGCUCCAAAUCAAAGUAAUAGUGAUUAAAAUGAAGGAGAUAUUGAUGAAUACGAUUCGGAGAAAGUCUUAAGAUAGGUUAAGAGGGAUUUAUUAGAAAAUGUGAAUCUAAUUAGAAGACAGAAGAAACUGAAUUAAUUAUACAUCGAAUUGAUAACUGAUUUUGUGGCAGAAAGGUAUGCAUCUCAUUUGCUUGAAAAUGAUCACACAGAAGCUGAAUUGAAGAAAUUAAUCGGAUUUUAUAAGUAUAAUGAAAAGAUAUUGGAUGAUAUUAAAUUGAUUUACAUUGUUUCCAAAUUUGAAGAAGAUACAAUACCUGAUGCUUAAGUUAUCUAUGAUUAUUUCAUGGAAAUUGGUUAAUUGUUCUUUGAAGAUGAAGAAGAUAGGAAAAUAUUACUUUCUAAUGAAAUGAAUCACAUCUCCGUUGGUGUGUCAUGUGAUGAUAACUAAGUUGCUAUUGUGUAUCUUGUAAGUCAUAAAGAUUUAUGUGUUACUAAAAUUGAAGAUAGCAAUGAUGGAAGUAUAUUAGUCUAUGGAAAGAUGCUUGAAGAUGAAGUUGGUGUUUAUGCCUUAUAAAUAUUGCCAUUUACAAGUGACUCUAGUAAUGUAUCUGAUAAAAAUGAAAACAAUAAGAUAGGGCCUGAACAUAUUGAAUUUGAUAGAUAAACUAAAUGCUUUAUUGCUAAAAUAGGAAAUCAGGGAUAACCAUGCACAUAUGAUAUCAGAUAAUACAUUGAUUUGUAUACUAGGAAGUCACCAGAAUCAAUUCCUUACAUGAAAAGCACAAGAGAAAAACUAAACUUAAAGCAUGUAGAUUUAAAACUGAGAAUUCCAGUCAUCUACUACCCUGAUCCAAGAUAUGCUCCAGUAGAAUCUGAGGCAUAACAAUCUCAAUAAUAAGAUGAAUAAGACGAAUAAAAUCUAUAAGAUCCCCCUAUUUAAAAAUUAGAUGAUUAAUAUAAAGAUAAUUUGUCCUAAGAUGAAAAUUAAAAGGAAGAUGAGCUAGUUCAGAAAAAUUACAUGUUUAAAGAUAUAUCCAAUUAGGAUAUUAAAGAUGAAUUGGAAAUUGCUAUUGCUGAAGCACAAAAAUAACAUGAUGAACUUUAUGAUCAUAAUGUCAAUUUAUAAUAAAAAAUUAAAUAAAUUAGAAAUAAAUAAGAAGUUUAUGUUGAUAAAAUUGUGGAUAUGACUAUGAGUGAACAUAAAUAUUUAAAUACUUUAGCAUAUGUGCAUUAAAUUAGAUUAGAUCUCUAAUAAACAUAGGACAGAUACAAUUAGAUGGCCUAAGAAUUACAAUCAAAAUUAAAUGAAAAAUCAUAAAAAUGUAAUGAAAUAAGAUAGGCCUUUUUGGAUUUGAGGAGACAAGUUGCACUCAAAGCUGCCUAUUCUAGAACAAAUAAAUAAAUACCAGAAGCUAGAAUAGUUGAAUGGGAGGUGUAAGAAUCUGCCAGAAAUAAAACUUUGUAAGAAUUAAGACUUGAUGCAUUAAGAUAGAGAAAUAUUUUAACCAAAUAAUAAUAAUAAUUGAAAAAGAAAGAAGAAUUAGCAGAAGGUUUACAUCUAAUUGAUUUUGAAUAAUUAAAGAUCGAGAAUCAAACUUUAAAUGAAAAAAUUGAGGAAAGGAAUGAAGAUCUUUAAAAAUAGAAAAAUAAAAAUAUGAAAUCUGUGUUAAUGUUCUCUCAUACUAGAGAGAAAUUAGGCCAUGUUGGAUAAAAGUUCUAGGAUUAAGAAAAGAUUAAUUAUAAAAAGAAGGAUACUCUAGAUGGAUUACGUAAGAGUUUAGGAGAAUAAAAAGUCUACAAGGAUAAAUUAAGAACUGAAAAUCUUAAAUUAAAGCAAUAAACAGGAAUUGUGAAUCGUCCUGAAUUGAUGCAAGAUUAUAGUAAUAGGAAAUCAAAUUAGGAUUAAUUAAGAGAUGAAUUAGGACAUAAAGAGGUAUUACUACUUUGUUAAUAUGUUUAGCAAAAAUUAAAACACAUGCAGAGGAUUAUUGAGGAAUACUAAAAUCAUCUAAACUAAAGGGAGCAAUAAUGA